AUGUUACUGCCGUCGCUGAUAAACCUCCGCCGCCCAAGCAACACGCCUCUCGAGCCAGAAGACAUCUUUGGCUCCUCCCUCGGCGGCAUCUUCACCGACGACACGCAAAACCAGCAUGGCGACGAUCCAAACACGGUCAUCUUGUAUCGCAACGCCAAGUUCGGGGAGCUGGAGUUGAGAGUGGCCGAUGUCAAUGGCGAGGAGCAGAGACGAAAGUUUGCGCAUUACCUGUGGAAUGCUGGCGUUAUGAUGGCAGAGCUGGUCAGUGGGCGGGUUGAGGGUGGAGACUUGGGCGCAAGCGGCAAGGGUCUGCUCCAAGAUGAAGAGGGCUGGAGAGACGGCGAGUGGUGGACAGACAAAGAAGAGGAGAAGAAGUGGAGUGUGGAGGGCGAGACGGUCUUGGAGUUGGGCGCAGGCGUAGGGCUAGGCGGCAUUCUUAGUACACUGGCAGGCGCGAAAGAGAUUGCCAUCACCGACUACCCGGCCGCUCCCAUCCUCGAUACCCUCCAAGCCAACGUCGCCAAGAACGUCCCAGAGCUGUUGAAGCCCAAUGUGACCGUCCAAGGCCAUCAAUGGGGCUCUACAAGCACCCCCUUUGAAACUUCACACGCACACCACUACACGCGCAUCCUCGCAGCCGAUUGUCUCUGGAUGCCAUGGGAGCACCAAAGCCUCGCCCAAUCGAUGCUGCAUUUCCUCUCCAACGAACCAUCUGCACGUAUAUACUGUAUCGCAGGCUUUCACACGGGCCGCGCCAAAGUCGCGCCCUUCUUCGAAGAAGUGGUGCCGGAGCAAGGGCUCGAGGUAGAGGAAAUAUACGAGAUGGAUGUGAACGGACAGCGGCGGUCGUGGGCCAAGGAGCGCGAUGGUGGUUUGGAGAACAUGGGCGAGCGGAAGAAGUGGCUCGUUUUCGCGCGGAUACGGCGGGCUGUUCGACCGUAG